GCACGUAAAAAGAGUAACGUGGGCGGCGCGCGCAUUUAAUAUCGAAUAAGCGCCUGUUAGUGGUCGGAGGACAAAACAACACGGACAUUCAGCGGCGUUUUCUAUUAAAAACGAUUGAAAAAAAAGAGCAAAUACUGAAGUAUUUCAGUAAAAUAUGGCCGGCAGCAGUUUUGUACAAGAACCAGAAUUUAGAGAUUUGGGUAUAAAUGGAGAUAACGAGGAUGAAGAAAAACAUGAGAUUUUCUUGAGUGUAUUUAUUCAGCAAGGCCAAAUUGGAUUGAGUUACUAUGACAACAGUGAUUGUACUCUGCAUUUCAUGCCGGACACAAUGGAAAACAGCGACCUCCAGCUGCUAGAUAGAGUUAUACAGGAGCUAACUCCAAAUGUCAUAAUCACAAGUGCCAAACAGGACCACAACCUGACCCAGUUUAUUGAAACACUUGAGUUAAAUCCAGAUUACAAGCCUGAAGUGGUCUUAUUUCCAAGUGUAAAUUUUGGUCUAGAAGUGAGCAAACAGCGACUUCUCUCAGUACAUCUCCCAUUUCUUCCUCCUUCCAUCACAGCGAGUGAGAAAAUCCCCUAUCUCACCUCCUGUAUCCCAUUAGACUCAGUGCUGAUGGUGAGGUCAAUAGGAGGUCUAUUGAAGUGUGUGGAAGGUAGGAGAUCUGGCUUAGAGUUGGAGGGCAAUGUGGGUGUCCCCAUACAUCAGUUUCUGGCUUACACACUGAAAGAUGUUGUAUACAUGGACAAAGACACAUACAGUGCACUGCAGAUCUUUAAAUCUGAACUGCAUCCUUCAGUUUAUAAACUCCAGUUUGGCGAGAAAGAGGGAAUGAGUCUUUACGGUGUACUGAAUCGCUGUCGAAGCAGGUUCGGGUCUCAGCUUUUAAGACAGUGGUUCCACAGACCUACUCGAGAUCUGAAUGUCUUGAAAAGACGACAGGAAGUGAUCCGUUUCUUUACAUCCCCUCGAAACUCCAGCGAUCUCAGCACACUACAGGGUUGUCUGCGGAAUAUCAAAAGCAUUUCGGUGCUACUGCAGAGAAUGUCUCUCUCUAAUACAAAGGUCAUCGAUUGGCAAAGUCUAUACAAGACAGUGUACAGUGCAGUGUGUAUUGUGGAUACCGUUCGCACUCUGCCCCAAAACAUUCAACUUUUCAGUGAAAUCAGCGAGAACUUCACAAAUGACCUUUUCUACAUCGCCACGUUUAUCAGUAAAGUGGUGGACUUUGAGGCAAGUAUAGCCGAGAACCGAUUUACUGUUAAGCCGAACAUCGACCCUGUUAUUGACGAGAAGAAAAGAAGGAUGAUGGGCCUGCCGGAUUUCCUCACAGAUGUGGCUCGUGCUGAGCUGGAGACCCUGGACCCUCGUUUCACCACCUGCAGCGUCAUUUACCUCCCUCUGAUUGGAUUUUUACUGAAAUUGCCAAGAUUACCCACCAUGCUGGAUAAACAGAGCUUUGAAAUUGAUGGUCUCAACUUUGUUUUUCUUUCAGAUGACCGACUACAUUACCGAAGCGCCCGAACCAAAGAACUGGACAGUAUGCUGGGAGAUCUGCAUUGUGACAUUAUAGAUUUAGAGAUGGCAGUGAUGAGGGAUCUUCAGACUGCGGUACUCCAGAGGAGUGUCUGUUUGUAUAAGGUCAUGGCCCUGUGUGCAGAGCUGGACUGUCUAAUAGCUCUGGCUCAGGCCUCUCAGGACCAUGGAUACUGCUGCCCAACACUGACACCAGACCAAAGGCUGGCCCUGAUUGAGUCACGACACCCUUUGCUGGAGCUGUGUACUCCGGUGUUUGUAUCCAACACUUACAUCAGCUCAGAAACUGAUGGCAAAGUUAAAGUGAUCACAGGCCCAAAUUCUUCUGGAAAGAGCAUCUACCUCAAACAGGUGGGUCUGAUUGUGUUCAUGGCCUUAAUCGGCUCAGAUGUACCUGCUAAAGUGGCAGAGAUCGGGCUGGUGGAUGGAAUCUUUACCCGUAUGCAGAGCCGUGAGUCUGUAUCAGUGAGUUUGAGCACCUUCAUGAUAGACCUAAACCAGAUGGCUCAUUCCUUGAACCAUAGCACUGGCAAUUCUCUUGUUCUGGUGGAUGAAUUUGGCAAAGGAACCAACACAGUAAAUGGAUUGUCUCUCCUGACAGCAUGUCUCAGUCACUGGGUACGCCGUGGAUCACAGUGUCCUCAUUUACUCUUGGCAACAAACUUCCACAGCCUCAUACAGCUGGGAUUACUCCCUGAGUCCCCACUGCUCUCUUUACUGACUCUAGAGACGGCUAUAGAGGGAGAAGAGCUGGUCUUUUUGUACCAAAUCAAAAAUGGCAUUUGCCAGUCGAGUUGCGCAGCCAAUAUCGCUACUCUGGCAGGCGUCCCCCCUGCCCUUGUCAAGAGAGGAGUGGAGGUAUCAGAGUUGUACAGAACAGGAAGUGCCAUCAGAAAGAUUGACACGGCCUCUCCUGAUGAUCAGAACAGCAGGUGUACUGAGGUGGUGGAGAAAUUCCUCAGCCUUGAUCUGGAUGAUCCUGAGCUGGAUCUAGAUGCUUAUUUAAAAGGCGAGGUGCUCCCAGCUCUUGAGGAGGUGCUGUGACAACAUCAAAGCCUGAUGUGUGUUCACAUUGCGAAGCUUAUUUCAAGCUUUUUAGUCCAUAUUUUUUUUAAUAGUUCUGUAAAGCUGAAGGUUUGUUUGUUACAUGUUUUAUAAAUGCUAGUGUUUUACAACACGUUACAACAUAUUGUAAGAUUUUUCCUUGUUUUACUUUUUAGCAGGUAGCACUAUCUAAUUUUAAACGGCAAUAUAAAACUGUGACUGUUUCCUAAUUUGAUUGUUUCCUAAUUAAUAAAACUCACAGAGCUCACGUCACAUUUGAACUGAUUCAGUAAUAAACACCCAAGGGGGUUGACUUGA